AUGUGUGUCAUUCAUGACUACUCCAAAAUAGAACCGCUGCCUCUGUUUCGUUCCUUGUCCCGUCUGCAUGCUACACUCCGUGUAUCCGAUUUGAAUUGGUUACCAACCUUUCUUGAGAGCUGUCCAAACUUGAAAUCUCCUAUCGUGGUAUUGGCUGAUUAUGAUAAAUCCAAGGAGAUGAUUCAAUUCAGUUGUUCAUCUGUUCCUGAAUGUCUGUUAUUGUGGCUUGAGUUUGUUGACUUCAAUACCCAAAUCCUGUGAUGUGCUUUAGGAAUGGAGCUGGUGAAUUAUUUCCUAGAGAAUUCAAAAAUCCUCAAGAAACUCACUCUACAUGUGAAACAUGGCUCGACAGACUCUGACAUCGUCAAGGAGGUCCUCAAAAUCCCAAGACGCUCAGCCACAUGUGAAGUAGUCGUCAUCUGAUUGGUAAAGCUUAGAUAGAAGAACAUGUGAAGAAGAUCGUCUUUUGUUUAAUCAUUUCAAUGUAGGAAAGCUCUAUUUUGUUUGUUUCUUUGUAGUAGAGAUGAAACUUUUAGUAGUACUUUUUGCAAGAAAUGGUGUUGUUGUUUGUUUAUGCAAUCAAGUUUGUUCCUUAAAAAACAUUUUGAACCAGGCAUUGUUAUUAAAGAUGAUCAAUUUCAGUUUGUUUUGUUUA